GAGCUCCAAAUCCCUGGAUCUGCUGCCAUUCUCACGCCAUCAGGGAUUUUAAACGGCCCCGUUCUAUCUCAACGCCACGUGAUACUUCAGAACGAAAAUUGUUCACUGGGCACAACUCGCCACCAAGAAUCGAUGAACCGCUACCCUUUUGCCGCAAGACCGACGAGCGAUUACCUUGUGAGCCUCGUGCGUCCGCGAGCACCCGCUGGUCGUUACCACGCCAAUGUGGUGGGGACCGCGACUCCUUUCGAGGAGGCCGCGAUAAGCCCGUGCGAUACGCACGCAACAGCUAAGAACCCGCUUGUCGAUCAUCCGCUGUUGCACGAUGAGCUACGAGCCGAAGGCGAGGCCUCAAACGCACUUCUGUCUCUAACUGGGAGGUCGAGCAAUAGGCCAACGAUGGCGCUGAAGGACAUGAACCAAAGCCCAGCCAGACUCAUGGAGACACACAAGCGCAAGCGGGAGGUCGCCAACAAAUCUCGGCGCAGGGAACAAUGUCGGGCCAACCAAGCGCGAUACCGAGACAAGCAGAGGAACGCCCAGGUGCAACUUAAGCGAAAAGAGCUGGAUACUCUGAAGCGUCGAUAUCGGGACUUGGCCUCUCGUGAGAGGAGCAACCAAAGUCCGUGGAGUAUUGUGGCUGAGGUCUUCCGACUUCUCGAAACCAGUUUCCACUCGCCCUGGCGUGUGGCCAGUAUGCAGGAGAUGAAGAACCACUCGGAGAUUCGCCAAGUCUUGGCCAUUCUGGAGCGAUCGUUCGCGCACGACGCGGCAAUGGGCGAGCUGCGAGGUGCUGACGAGCUGAUGGAGCAGCUGCUGCUGUUCUCGCAGUACUUUGGAAAGCCCCACCUGAAGCUCCAGCGGAUUGAAUCUGUAGCCCCUGGUGUCAUGGCUGCACGAGCAAAGCUCAGUAUAACGGUGACUGAGUUCACGCUUCGUCAUGCGUUUCCUCAUUUGGAGGAGCCGGCAAGUGGAGAUGACCACGUCCUCCUUUACCAGCGCCUUUUGGGUCAGCGUUUGGAGUGCAACUGCUCGUUGAAUUUCCUAUUUGACGAAGACAGCGAUCGCGUUGUACGCCUGGAGAUAAACAUCGACUUGGCCUCUACUCUACUUGAUGUGCUCGGUAGUCUGACGGACGUAUCAAACGUGCUUGAGCAUGCUCGAGUUUCGUCCGAGUGUGUCAUUGGUGGUGUUUUUGGCAAUUGCCGAAGCAGCGACUGCACUAGCUUGUAG